ACGUCAUCGGAAGCCACCGGAAGAGAGAACCGCGAGCCUCCGCCCCGCUCAGUCGAUCCCAACUGAAGAGAAGGCGAGUCCACGGCUAAAAAUAUAAUAGCUAACACAAGAUGACCGGUUUGCCUCGUAGGAUUGUAAAGGAGACACAGCGGUUGAUGGCAGAGCCCGUUCCAGGGAUCACCGCACUGCCAGAUGAAGCCAACGCACGCUACUUCCAUGUGAUCAUCGCAGGCCCUCAAGACUCCCCCUUCGAAGGAGGCAUAUUUAAACUUGAACUGUUUCUUCCGGAAGAGUAUCCCAUGGCAGCUCCCAAAGUGCGAUUCAUCACCAAAAUCUACCACCCCAAUGUUGACAAACUUGGAAGAAUAUGUUUAGACAUCUUGAAAGAUAAGUGGUCUCCAGCGCUGCAGAUCCGCACAGUGUUGCUAUCCAUCCAGGCAUUAUUAAGUGCUCCCAAUCCAGAUGAUCCCCUCGCAAAUGAUGUGGCAGACCUGUGGAAGAGAGACGAAAGCAACGCCAUUGAGAGAGCCCGAUCAUGGACCCGGCAAUACGCAAUAUAGAAGAACGGGGACGAGGCUUCUGAAUGUGAUCCACAAAAUGUACUCCUAUUCUGUCGACGUUCAAAUUUAACAGACAAAAAAAAAAAAGAUAAGUCCAAAACUGAAAGAAAUGACAUGAUUUGCAGACCUCUGGGUGACUUAUUUUCCUGUCUAAGACGCGUUAAGUGUGUGUGUGUUUGCCUGUUUUUUUUUCUUCUUUUUUUCUCCUUUUCUUUCUGUGUUGCUAUUUAAAUGCAUGGACGGAGAACGACACCCUCCCAAACUACAGUCUUAAAGAUAACAUGUCGCCCAGAAGGAGGCACAUACUGGUACGUUUGCAGAAUACACAUGCAUUAAAGCUCUUCUUCUUUUAACACGUGCAUUACUCGUCAACUCGUCUCAAUGUCUUUUUGUGAGAGAUGACACGCUCCUGUUAUUUUCAGCCCUUCGGUGUACAGCCGUCUCCAAAACCCGUAGUAAGCAGACGGGACGCAUGAGCGAGGUCUGCCUUUUCACUCUUGUUGGUGGAGCGCACACGGGACGCAUCCACAGCCGAGCACUAAAUGUUCACCACACUGCAGAGACUGUUCUGUUUUAUCAAAUAUGCGAAGUACUCUUCAAAAGACUUUUUUUUUUCUUCUUUUUUUUUCGUGUAACUGCAGCGCCAAUCAAGUUUGAUUUGAAUUCAGCGGUUAUUACACAUUGGAGGCUCUCGGGACAGAAUUGAAACAAUGUCGUCCACAGACAACUCGGGGCUGUAAAUGAGCCCAACAAUUUUUAACGUGAACACAAAAGUAAAACCACACCAGUCGUGGAUUCGUGGCCUCCGGCAGAUGUAAUAUCUCGUCGUUCUUUUCAUCUUGCUCUUAGGUUGAUAGAGGCUGAUUCAGCGUGUGAUGUAGUUGCUUGAGCCCAUUUAGAUGAGGAUUGUGUAAUUAUUAAUCUAAAGAUCUCAUGCUUUAAUGUAACGUCCGGCGGUCUGCAGUUUAAGUGAGCGUGGGACGACUUGGGGGGAAGCGUGGAGCAGUUUGCUCCACAUGCUUCAAAGAAGGAGAAAAAAAAGGCCAUUUCCAACACAUUUAAAAAGGUAGAAAGACGAAUGUUGUGUGUGCUGGAAAGGAUCGUUGGUAACAGACUACUAAAAUGUGUUGACAAUGUAGUUUUUUUUUUUAAAGGAUGUGGAGCUGUUAUUAUUUCCCUUUUUAUUUUAACUGUCUGUCCAUGCUAUCUAUGUUGCUUGUUCUAUAUUUUAUUUUUCUGAGUCAGUUCAUUAAAAUAAGGCAUGUAACAUAACCAAACGUAUAUCUUAUUACGAUUCAAAAUACUACUUCCUUUGGUGUUUUUGAGACUUGAGUGUUCUCUUUAAAGGGAAAGGGUUUCUUUUUUUUAGUUGCAGGUGUCGUCUUCUGAAUCAGUUGUCUUUGACCAUCAUUUCCCAGUUUGCCUCACCUGCUUUUGCUCUUUCUAUGAUGAUGAUCUCUGAUGAUUAUGCAAGUGCAUUGAAUUGAUUUGGGUCAUUGUGGUGGCAAAAAAAAUAUUACAAAUAAAAAGUAUUAAAGGCUA